AUGCAUAAUACAGCGGUUAUUCAACACUUAAAUGACAUCCUUGAAAUAAUAGUUGACUUUCAACCGUUGUCCAAGCAAAAACAGGAACGGAAAAUAUUCGAUUCUAAUGGUUCCUCAAUCCUUUAUGAUUCUCCUGAAAAAGCUGAAUUUAUCAAUUUAUCAUAUCAUUUGCAUUUUUUACAAGAAUCCCUACAAACCAUAAACAUUAAACACUUUUGA